AUGAAAUUAAACGAUCAAAAAAGCAACAGUCAAUUAACUAUCUUUCCUCAAGCAUACAACACAAAUAUGACUGCAGCUUAUAAAUACUUAUCAAGAGAGUCAAGUGCAAUAAAAAAUGAUAAAUCAAUUUUAAAAUCUCCAUCAACUAACUAAUUGCUUUGCACAUCAAAUAGAGGGAGUGACAAGAAAGUCAGAAUUUAGGAAUCUGCUUCCAAAGGCUCGGUUUAGUUUAAAAGCACUGCGUAGUUUGGUCGAACUUCCACUGACCUUAUAUAGGUUCCUCCAAUGAGAAGUCUUAACAGAGAAGAUAGGGAAAAGCUUAUUGCCACUCUAAUUUAAUAAGUUAAAUAGUAGAAUUAAUUCAUUCUUUAAUUGGAAGAUAGAGUGCAGUAAUAAGCAGAACAAUUGGAUGAGUUAAACCUGUAUAAUGAGAAGUAUGAACAAAAGGAGAAAUGUUAUGGAGAGAUUAUUUAAAAUUAAAAUAAAAUAAAUUAAAGAAUUCAUUAGAUAGCAGAACUUAGGGAAUUAGAUGAGCAAAUAUCAACAAAUGAUCAUUUAGAUCUCUUAAACUAGAUAUACGAAGAUGAGGUUGAUAUGGACAUGGCAAUUAAAUGGAGAAAUGCUAGAUUAAAAUUUAAUUUUUUGGAUGCAUUUUCAAAGGCUGCAAAAUAUUCUAAAAAGUUGAAACAUGUUCUUCAAAGAAAAUAACAUCUUUAAUUAUAAAAUUGCUUUACAGGAUGGAAAUAUUAUAUCAAAAAUAAAGCAUUAUUGAAUUAAUUUAAUGAAGUCAGAAAGUUAAGGACUGUAAUUAAUUUCUGGAUGAAUUGGAAGCAAUAUAUUUAAGAUAAAAAGAAAUUUGAUAAAAAUCUUAAGACAUCUAUUCAAUUUUUUAAUCAGAAAAUAAAAAAAAAAUGCUUUUAUAAAUUGAAAUAGAAUUAUCUGAAAUACAAUUUUAGCUUGAAGGAUUUUUAGUAAAUCGCUUAAUCUGCUGUAAAUGAAUUUAAUAAAAUAAAGUUGUUUAAAGUUUUCAGUUCAUGGACUCUCUGGAUAAAAUAGCAAAAUUAAAAACAAAAGUGCAUUUAUUAACAUAUAAAUAAUGGACGCAUUAAUUAAAUGAAAGGAGUUAUAAGGUUUUUGAAAUUAAAUUCUGAUUUUCAUAAGGAAAGAGCUAACCAAAUAGUUAGGUAAAGAGGACAAGCAAAGUUAAAAAAGUUGUUUAACAAAUUGAAAUCAAAUUUGAAGGAAAACAAAUACAGAGAGAAUCAAAUUUAAUUAAAUAGAAAUUUCUUUAUCAAGUUUAGGCAAUUUAAAUAAUGGAUAAGGGAAUAUUAAAAGUUAUCUAGAUUAAAUCAUAUAAGCGUUAAGGUAGUGAAAAAGAGAGAGAAUUUAUUCUUAUAAAGAUUAUUCAAUUCUAUUAAAAAUAAUGCUUAGUAUAGGAAAAUGAAGAGAUAAAAUGAAAUAUUGUUGAGCAAGAAAUAUGACAAUAGAGUAUUAAAUCAGGCAUUUAUGCAAUGGUUAAGCAAUCUCUUAAAGAAGAAGAAUUUAUUGGUAAAAGAGUAAAAUGUUGUUAUUUUAAAACAAAAGGAUAUUGAUUAUUAGUAAUAAAACGAUGUGUAGAACUUAAAAUAAAUGUACGAUAGUGUCUCAUAAUAAUUGGAAAAUUAGGAGGAGUAAAUUAAUAAUUAUAAAAUAUUGAUAUCUAAUCAAAAAGAAGUAGAAAGAGAGUUGUAAAUGCAAUAUGAUUAUUUAAAAUAAGAAUUGAUGACAUCAAAAGAUCAAUUAGGACAUUAUUAGAUUGAGGGAGAUGAUGUGAGAAUAUUGAAAGAAUAGUAUUCAUAAGCCUAAUCAUAGCUGAGAGAGUUAAAAAUGCAAUAAAGAUGUAAUAUUAAAAUUUCAUAUUUUCAAGUGGGAUCUCCUAUUAGAAUUAUGUAGAAUAGCGGAAUAAAUGUAGACUAGGAUCAAUUAAGAAAGCAAGUAGAGAUCAGCACUUCAUUACUAAAUGAUUAGAAAUAGGAGUACAAUCAUUUGCAAAUGGAAUAUUCAAAGGUAGUUGGAGAUUAUGAGAAAAAGAUCAAAGAUAUUGAGAAAUACUUUGUAGACUUAUGUGACAAAUAAAAGUUGUAGAUUGAGAGAUUGUUGAAGGAAAAUCAAACUAUUAAAAUUGAAAAUCAACAAAACAUUGUUUCCAGAAACAGGUUAAUGGAUGAAUUGAAUAUGAUUCAUGAGUCUUUUAGAGAAGAAAUCCCAUAGUAAAAUCGCACAAACUUCCAAACUCAAGAAUCCUAUGAAUAAUAAUAGUUUGGAGGCUAUAAUAGAAGAUUAAAGUCGAAUUUGUAUAGUCAGACAUCACCAAUAUCAGAAAAUUAAUACUCUCAAAAUUCUCCCUAAAAAAAAGUAUAAAUUGAAGAUAGAAGGAUAAAAGAAGAAGCAUGCAAUUUAAGAGAAGAUAUUAAAAGACGAUUGGCUUCUUUAAAAACUUAAAUGGAUUACUAAUUGUGA